CCCGCCCCUCCCUCCCCCCCCUCCUCCUCCACUCGCAAACAUCCGCCGUCGCGCCUCUCCCCUCGACCUCUCGCUUUUCUCCUAGUCACCCCGGCCUGCCUUUCCUCCACCGCGCUUCCGUCUCUCUCUCUCUCCUCCCCUUCCUCUCUCUCCGCCCAUCUCGGCCUUUCGCCCCUUUUUCUUGGCCAUGUCGCUUGCACACACGACGUCGCAGGAGCUUGAGAUCCAUCUGGACGCUCUGCCUUAUGCCGAGGGUGAUGCCCUGCAGCCGCAGGAGCGCGCUGCCGUUCGGCGUCAGAUUGAGGCAGCCAUGCGUCACAACCCCCCCCGGUCGGACUACCUUGCGCCGCUGGGCCUUUCGGAAGAGGGUGAUUUCUUCAAGGACCACCCGGCCUUGCAAGCCGAGAUGGAACGCAUUCGCCGUGGUCUCCCGAUGGAGCAUGGCCUGGAUCGGACCCGCUUGCAGUUGCCACAGCCCGGGUCGGGUGCGGCGGUGAUUGCCGACCCCGCGGCCGAGCCCGGCACUGAGGCCGAUGCUCAGAAGGAGCGCACCGACCCGGCCUGCUGGGAGCGUGCCGUCCGGAAUGCCGAGGCCCAGCUCUCGCAUCAGCACAUCCGUAUCUCCAACCUUGAGCUUCUUCAGAAGUUUGGCGCCGACGCCUGGCCCGCGCACUUGUUCAAUAUGCAGGCCCUGCUGGAUCGACGCAAUGCGGAGCUUUCUCGGUCGCGUUCCAGCAUCGCGUCCACCAAUCGCGCGCGUCGCUUCCUCCACAUCACCUCAGCAACUCGAAUCAACCGGGCUGCCCGGCGGUGGGAAGACUUGGUGGAAUCGGCACAUGGUGCGACUGCCGCCGCGCGAGAGCUCGAGCCGCAGGUGAUCCGCAUGCGUCAGGAGCUGGCCGAGCUCCAGGAGAAGCUUGCCCACUAUGAAGCCACCUCGCAGGAGGCUGAGGCUCGGCGCCAGGCGAUUAUCCGCCAGAUGGAGGAGUCGCUGGUUGGCACUGUCAAGAGCGGCGUAGCCGAGCCGGAGCCCGCCACUGCGGUCGAUCGCCCGUCGACCGGUGACGCCGAUGUCGGUGCCAAGGCCGACGUCGAGGUGAAUGACACCAACGACACGGACGAGGAGUGAUGGGCAUGUGGCGCGGCGUGAUAUAUGGCCCCCAUAUGAAAAGAGGCCCUCGUCGAACUGGCCAGAGAGCCCCCCACUGCGCUCUGCCAGCCAAUCCCAGUGGCUGGCGCGCGCAGUUGUCCCCUCUUUUGAGUCCCAAGGGAGAAAAACCAUCAAAACCCGAAAUACAACAUACCAACAACACCGAA